AUGGGUGAUGGUAUGGCAAUACCAGUUUCUAUGCAACUCAAUUCCAUUUCGAUGAUCAAAGUUGGAGAUUAUAUUCAAUCGAUUAGUAAACAUCAUGAACAACAGGAGAAUAUUUUAACAUGGCGAUGGGAUCUCUACCAGUUUCUCAAAAGCAAAUUCAUAGAUCCCGUAUCUGAUCCUUGGCAAACUGCUAUGAAUAGACCCAAUAUUCUUAUUUGUUUACAAAUCGUGAUUAAUGGUAAAUCAUUGUGUAUUGGUACGUAUCAUAUGCCUUGCCUUUAUAAAGAGCCCGAAGUUAUGGCAAUACACUCGUCGGUAGUAAAAGAUUUGAUGUUUCAAUUGUCAGCUGGUCAAGAUUUUAUUUUAUCAGGCGACUUUAAUAUUCAAUCGUCGAGUACCUGUUAUCAAGCUUUAACAGAAAAAGGUUAUGUGAAUCGUAAUUUUCCAGAGCCCAUCAAUUAUGAUAUUUCUUAUCGACCAAAUAGUGAACAAGUGUUGAAGAGUGCCUAUCGAGAGAAGAAUGGAACGGAGCCUAUAUAUACAGAUUUUUCUUAUACACCACAUUCACCAAACUUUUGUGCUACACUUGAUUACAUAUUUUUUAAGGGUCAUCUUAUGGUGGAAAAGGUGUUGGAAUUACCAGAUCAUCCCACUAGUGAAUCUUAUCCGGAUGAGACACAUCCUUCAGAUCAUUUAAUGAUUGCAGCAACAUUUCGAUUAUUGUAA